AUGCCCAUCCAUCAGAGGGGCUUAAUGGUGGGCCGCCGAGUGGGGACGGAAGGGGAUCUGAUCCAUGGUCCCCAGUGGGACAGGAAGGGCAGGGUGCCGGGUCCUCUCCUCUCCCCAGGGAUGAAGGGUACAGGCACUCCUCCCCUGGAGAAGCAGCAGCAGCAGCAGCAGCAGCAGCAACAGCACAUCCACCCCCACCACAAGCCCUACUCUCAUUACCACCACCAGGCUGCCAGUGACGAUUACCAAGGCAGCUUUCAGAGCUGCUUCCAUUUUGGAGACUCCUACAGAAUGGAGCAGUCUGUGAGUGGUGUUCACUUACCAGCGGACUCACAUGGCUACAAUUCCCACCAACACAACGGCUUCCACAUGUCCAGCACCAGCGGUGGCUCUGCGGCAGGCUUCAGCUUGGCCCAGGACCUCCAGGGGACAGGGGGGUGCCAGUUCUCCUCCAGCCCAGAGGAGAGCAUCUUCUUCCAGGUGAACAGCUUCGACCGCAGCCUGAGCCAGAUGUCCUCUGUCUACACAGAGACAUAGAGGACCGGUUGCUGCCCUAUGUACCGCUAUACUGGCCUCUCAUGGAAUAUGCAUUUCAAUAGUCUGAAGUGGUAGCCUUUCCUUGGUCUCCGUUCGAGUUUGUACUGAUCUAGAGGAAACAAGCUGAGUGAAAGCAAGCCAAUCGGAAGCUUCCAGACCUCUGUGUUGCUUUUUUUGUUAGAUCAGGGUGGAUGAAGGGAAGGGGGACUAGGAAAGGCCAUUUUAGAGUAUUGAGAUACUAGUAUAAUAAGUUAUUCCAUGGUUCCGCUGGUCAAUGGCCAUCCUUUGUAACUUUUUCUACUGCUCUGAAAGAACUGUCGUAACUCUGUAGUACGACAGAGCUCCCUACAGUUCUGCCUGAACAGAUACCACAUGGACUCAGACGCAUCCAAAUGGACACAUUUCAACAUGACCUAUUCCAGAACUCCCUCUUUCUCUCUCCUUCUGUCUCUACAUCAUUCAAUCUACUAAGAACUGAAAUGUAGACAAAUAUAUAUCAUUUUGCCGUGUUUUUAACAGUGGAAAAAAAAAUGUAUUGUUUGCAUUCCUUUAUUUGUUUUUUUUGUGUUUGUUUAUUUGUUUGAAUUGUCUUAAGAUAUUUCUGGAUGGUAAAUGGUGGUGGAUGGUCAUUCGUGAAAUAUUCUGGAACACAGUCAAAUCUACUUUAUCAUGUGUAUAAAUGUACAGUUUGUUUAAAGCGAUCUUCUGAAUGUUUGUUAUUCCCAAGUUUAAGAAAUAAAUACUAUUACAAUAA